CUUCCUCCAGCAGCAGCAGCAGUAGUAGUAAUAGUAUGUGGUGGUGACACCGCUGGCCUGCUGCCUUACAUGGGCAAACUUCUUCACUCACUGACUGAGCCGGCUGGAAUUUCAGAGUGUGACGUCAGCGCCCUACAACUCUCCCAGAAUUUGGAUCAGGAAAGUUUUUUGCUGGGAUUUGCAGCCUCUGUUCUGUCGUGUUUCCAAGAAAGCGAGAUUUUGUGGCACAGUUAAAGGGCACUGCAGCUUUCCAGAAAACCCAAACAUUCAGAGAGGAGAAAAGGUGUCUGAACCUGCAGUCCACACCGUCACAAAGUGUUAAAAUUUGGAACCAUGUGGAACCCAGGGAACGGUAACGACCAGACAGGUCAGGUGGCGGUCAGGAUGGAGACCACACCGUCUUUGGGUAGUGCGAGCAUCUCCAUCUCCCAGCAGCAGGCGCCUAAGAAAUUUGCCCCCAUGGUUGCACCCAAGCCCAAGUUCAACCCUUACAAAGCAGCGGGGGAUCCUGCCCACGCUGAUCCUGCAGAUUACCCUCCCCCUCCACCACCUGUUGAAGAGUCAGCCGGUUUCCCAUCACCCCCUGGUUCCUUCCCUCCACCGCCAGUGAACUCAUUCGAUUUCCAGAUGAAAGGACCAGAGAAGACGCUGGAGGAGAGACGCUCCAGUCUGGACGCUGAGAUCGACUCCCUCACCAGCAUCCUGGCAGACCUGGAGAGCAGCUCGCCCUACAAGCCGCGGAGCGCGCAGAACUCUGGAUCCUCUGCAGGCUCUACUCCCAACGCUCCCGUCACUGGUUACAAGCGGAUGGUCAUUCCAAAUCAACCUCCUCUUACAGCCACCAAGAAGUCAACACCCAAACCUCAGAUUUCUGGGGGAGGCUCCUCCACCCCUCCUUCCUCCGGUAGCCCGGCGGCCAAGCCUCAAAGCCACAUGGCUCCUCAGCCUGUCCCAGCAUCCUACGCUACAGCCUCAACCCCAAGCCAGCCCACCUUUAAUGUCCAGGUGAGGUCAGCCCAGCCUGGUCCUCAGCAUCAAGCCCCCAGUGGCCAGUAUUUUGGUCAGCAGCCUAUUCGCAGCCCUGCACAGGUGCAGUACAUGCCCGCUCAGCCCAAAGGUCCCGAUUUUGCCUAUGGACCACCACAGCCUGGCUUCUCCCCAAUGGGUCAGGGUGCAUAUCAAGAACAGCACCAUCCAGGCGUACCUCAAGUAGCUGGGCUGAGCUCCAGAAGACCUGAACCUGUCCCCACCCAAGCAUACCAGCCUUCUGGGCCCAAGAAGACCUACAUCACAGAUGUCCCACCAAGCUUGACUCCCUACACUUCCGGACCAGCCAUUCCACCAAAGAGCAGUGCUCCCAUGGCCCACCCUGAAGAUGAGCUGGAGCGCCUGACCAAGAAGAUGCUCUUUGACAUGGACAACCCCCCAUCUGAGGAAUAUUUUGGGCGAUGUGCCAGCUGUGGAGAGAACGUGGUGGGUGAGGGCACCGGCUGCACCGCCAUGGACCAGGUCUUCCAUGUCGACUGCUUCGUCUGCAUGACCUGCAGCACCAAGCUGCGUGGCAAGCCCUUCUACGCCGUGGAGAAGAAGGCGUACUGCGAACCCUGCUACAUUAACACCCUCGAGACCUGCACCAUCUGCAGUAAGCCCAUCAUGGAGCGCAUCCUGCGAGCCACAGGUAAAGCCUAUCACCCUCACUGCUUCACCUGCGUGGUGUGUUACCGCAGCCUGGACGGCAUCCCUUUCACCGUGGACGCUUCCAACCACAUCCACUGCAUCGAGGACUUCCACAAGAAGUUUGCUCCUCGCUGCUGUGUUUGUUCUGAGCCCAUCAUGCCCGCGCCGGGUCAGGAGGAGACCGUCCGUAUCGUGGCUCUGGACCGGGACUUCCACGUGCAGUGUUACCGCUGUGAGGACUGUGGCUCUCUGCUCUCAGAGGGAGACAACCAGGGCUGCUACCCACUGGACGGACACGUCCUCUGCAAAAACUGUAACACCAACCGCAUCCAGGAUCUCACCGCCAAGGCCACCACUGACCUCUGAACCACCGCCGCCCGGUCACCUCCACUGUGAUAAACCAACACUCUCUCUCUCUCUCUCUCUUUCUGUCUCCCUCACUCUCUCAUCCACAUGCCCAUCACUGAUGCUUACAUCAGCAUUUCUCUCUCUAUCUUUAUAUACAUACAUAUGUAUAAAUAUAUAUAGGGCUACUGUAUAUUCACCGUCAGUAAUACCGUCACAUGUUCACCUGCAUAAAUUAUCUAUUGACUCGGUACAACGCAGCAAAGAUUUGCUGUUACAGGAAUGUGUUUUAUUUUUUUAUUUUAGCAAAAUCCUCGAAACAGAGUUGUUGAGAAAACUGAGGCUAAAAUAUCAGCCUAGCAUCUGGUUAGCUUAGCAUGAACGAAGUACAGCUAACCAGUCAAAUAUCAAUAAAUAUCCCAUGACCAGACGUGCACGUCACGUAGCGCGUCGCUCUCACCGCGCUGAAAGAGUUUGCUCCUUUCGUACAAAAGCGAGACGACUUUAAAGGAUCGAUGUGUGGGAUUUAGUGGCAUCUUGUGGUGAAGUUGCAUAUUGCAACCAACUGCUUCACUCUCUGUCUCGACAUUUACCAACACUCGCAUCGGUGACGGCCUGAAGAGCAGUAUGUUCUGCACCUGCGUGAGAACAUCUUACGUGACAAAUAACUCGCGAUAAUAAACAAACAAAAAGAGUUCUUCAUUUUCAAACUUUUGUCAAAGACACUUUUUAAGAAGCAAAUAAAA